GUUGUGAAAUGUGAACGAAUUUCCAACGUCGCCAUCAAUGUUUACAUUCGAAACAGCUGAUUUUGAAGAGAAUACCGGGGUGAUAAAUCAAUCAAACAUUACCAUAAUCAGUGAAAAUUGAAAUGACUUCUGUAGGAAAAGUGGUAAAGAGCGUUGGACCAAAACUCGUUCCAUUUUUCAAAACUGUCGCUGUUUAUUUCGUAAUAUUCGUUCCACAAGACAAACCGUCCAUCUUCAGUACCAUCUUGAAAUGUCUGCCAAUAGUCAGCUUGAUGUUAUUCGUCCUUUUACAUGGAAUGAACAUGAAGGAUGAAUACAAAUACUCGAGAAGGAUUUUAACAGGCCUAGUUUUCUGCUGUGCAGGAGACGCCCUAUUAAUAUGGAACCAGUAUUUUGACCUAGGAAUGCUGGCCUUCAUCAUAGGCCAUAUACAGUACGUCCUAGCAUUCGGAUUCAAGCCUCUUAAUCUUCCAUUAGGAUUGGUUUUGUAUUCUUUAGGAGCCAUGGUUGUGUUAGAUUUCAUGCCCGGACUACACGGAGUGUUGAUUUUUGGCGUUCCGAUUUAUAUUUUCGUCAUAACAACUAUGCUUUGGAGAGCCACAGCUAGAGUACAAUUUUUCGAGGAUCUGUGGACCUGGAGCAAACUUUGUACGUGCGCAGGAAGUAUGCUCUUUGCUUUAUCAGAUUUGAUAAUAGGGGUGGAUAAGUUCAAAUAUAAUAUAGAAUACGCUCAGGUUCUUGUUAUGUCCACAUAUUAUGCAGCGCAAGUAGGAAUCGCAUUAAGCGUAGUAGAUGCCACAUCAACAGAAAAGUCAGCCAAAAAUAAAAUCAUCUAAGUUUUCCAUGUUACUGAGUAGUUGAGUACAACAGUACUAAUCAAAAAAUCGUAUAUUCCUACAUGUAAACCCCUCCUAUUAGAGGUAGUCUGACAGAGUUACUGUACAACCAAUAAGAAACUAAAGCUAUAGGUACUUCCCUAUUUUCUAGAAGUUCUUUUUUAGGAAUUAGUGUACACUCUAUUAUGUACUGCCUACUACAAAGCCCGAUUUAAUUAAGUCUUCCUAUAAAUGAUAACUCAUUGAGAUCUCGUUACUCUGUACUCGUACACACUGUAGAAAUUAGAUAUCUGUGAUUUAUUAUAUUUAUAAUUUGAUGUACUAAAUUUAGGAAUAGGAUAAAUGUUCUAUUCGUUCAAUAUAAAUAUCAUGCAAAAAAAUAGAUUUAAUAUGCCAUUGAUUUUCCCCCAUCAGAAAUAAUUGGGUAUGCUUCUGAAAACAAAAUACUAUUCUUUAAAUAAUCCUUCUUCUCCAAACGGCAGAGAAAGCACAACUUUGCUGCCUGUUGAAUGUUAUAGAAAAGCCACAUUCUAUGCCGUUUGGAGAAAAUCUCAAUUUUAUUCACAAGUCUGAAGUUACAAAAAUAAUAUCUUAUUAUUGGAUCAUAAUUCAGAAUGAAAAACUUUUUUGUUGCUAGCAGAACUCUCAGUGUUCUAAGAACAGCUUAUAAUUUCAUCAUUGAAUACAAUUCCACCAAUGAAACAUCCAUACCAUCACCCAUAUACC